AUGAACAUCAUCACCUUCAUGCAAAACCGGCCUCGACUUACAGGUGUGCUCUCAUUAGCUGCUGCUGGCACGAUAGUCGCCGCAUACCUUGGCAAGCGACGGCUUGACCGCUCAUGCCCGAGAAUCUCCAUCACGGAGCUCCCAAAGUCGAGUGCUUGUCGCAACCUCGUGGAGAGAGGCGAAGCAGUCCCGAAGUCAGUAUGGGGGAUGGAAAGGUCAGCUCUGCUGGCGUCGUGGUCUGGUGGGGACAAAACCCGCUGGGUGCCCUCCUUCGCAGCCCUUGAAGCGGAUGUUCCCGUAUCCCUUCUCGCUGGAUACGGAGCAUUUGACUGCGAAAAGAGCAACGCCGAGAAGGACGACGCGCAUCAUCUGAUGCAGAAUUUAGUUGCCGCCUUUCUUGAUGCGCGGGCCGCGGGGCCGGAGGCGUGGCUUCUGGACAAAGAGGUGCCGCCAUUGUCCUUCGCGCCAGGUACCCUAUUAUUCGGCGAUCAAGCCAGCAUGGGAGCCUUCAUGCUUGGGACCUGGAGUACAAACCGGAAGACUCCUAUCCAACCUCAGGCUCUGGGUCCAGAAGCCCCCGAGCCUUGCUCCGAGUUCCCGUCAAACAGGGAUGCGAUCGAAGAUAGUCCCACGGAUACAGCCGGGGCCGUGAUGUACUGGAAAUUCCCUGAUGGGCUGGUCCGAACAGCGGACAAGGCAGCAUCGUACGGUCUCCCGUGGCGGUUCAUGAACGGCGGAUUUCAGGAAUUCAUUGUGGAGAAGGUGUCAGAUGAAACGGCGAGGGCCGGACUCGCCGGUACAUUGCCCUGUGGGGACAUUUACUCUGGCUCGACCCUUGUUGGUGUCCCUUUCUCGCGCGGUACUAUCGAGUCGGUCGAGGGCUUCGAGCCCAAGGUCAACUUCACGAUCAACAACGGCCACGACUGGUUCCGCAUCGAUGCAGACAAGAAGCAUGGGCGCCUGGGCAUAACGGUCAUUGCUACUGAUGCCGAAGGCUGGUGCAUGCGCGUCAUGGCCGACGGCGUCGUCGAGUUGAACGAGCCUACUCUGGGUUUGAUUAUGGGUCAUCCUGAAGCAAAGAGUACACCCUUCGGCUCUGCAGUUGAGCAAAUGAGAUUCGAGUGUGGCCAUGAACCUUACAAGCCGAUUGAAAACAUGAUGUUUGCUGUCAGCAUGCGUUUCCUGAAGGAAGAGAGUGGUGAACUGUUUGCCGAUAUCCGACUGUCCAGGAUUGUUGCAGGGUCUGGUUAUGAAUGA